GUGUGGUAAAAUACUGGCAUUUUAAGGUGAUGUAACGGCAGACAGAGAGAUGAUCACUCAGCUGAGGCUCAGGAGAGAGAGGGCUGGGCUGCGCUGUGAGGGAAAACUGUGUUGACGCUACAUUUUCCUGCUUCACAGCUUGUCAAACACACUCACACUCAUUCAAACAGCAGGAGAGUCACCGGCCUUACUGAGACCUGCUCACCGGAGGACACCAGCUCAGAGAAAAAAUGGCCUCCUCAGGUGUUUUACCAGAGAAACAGUUCCAGUGCUCCAUCUGUCUGCAAGUGUUCACCGACCCAGUCACCACUCCCUGCGGACACAACUUCUGCCAGGCCUGCAUCCAGAGUGUGUGGAACAGCAGUGAGGUGUGCCAGUGUCCCGCCUGUGGGAAAUCCUUCACUUCCCGGCCUGAAAUAAGCAUCAACACAGCGUUCAAAGAGCUGGCAGACAUGUUUAGAAAGAUGCCGGUGAGCCUGUCACCCCCACCGGUGCCCGUGGCCAAACCCGGCGAGGUGGUGUGCGACGUCUGUGCCGGGACGUCCCAGCAGCUCAAGGCCGCCUUCAAGUCCUGCCUGGUGUGUCUGACCUCGUACUGCGAAGCCCACCUGGAGCCUCACCAGAGAGUCGCCACCCUGAAGGUCCACAAGCUGAUCGAGCCGGUGGAGAACCUGGGGCAGAGGAUGUGCAAGAAGCACGAGAGGCUGCUGCAGAUGUUCUGCAGGGACGAGCAGAUGUGUGUGUGCCAGUUCUGCACCGAGACUGAGCACAAGACUCACCAGGCUGUUACAAUAGAGGAGGAGAGUGGAGAGAGGAAGGUCCAAAUGAAGAAGACAAGGGCAGACUUUACGCAGAUGAUCCAGGAGAGACUUAACAAAGUGGAGGAGAUCAAAUGUUCUCUGGAGCUCAGCAGGGUGAGCGCACAGAAGGAGACUGAAGAAAGUGGGCAUCUCUUUAAAUCUCUGAUUCGCUCCAUAGAGGAGAGACAGGCUGAGGUAAACACAGAGAUUGAGGAGAAGCAGAGGGCAGCAGAGCGUAGGGCGAAGGAGCUCGUCAGUGAGCUGGAGCAGGAAAUCACUGAGCUCCAGAGGAGAAACACUGAGCUGGAGGAGCUGGAGAACAGAGACGACCACUUCCAGCUCUUACAGAGCUUCCCUUCACUCAGCACCCGGCCGCCCACCAGAGACUGGUCGGAGUUCGGUGUCCACCCCGACCUCUGUGUAGGAACUGUAAGGAAAGCGCUCUCUAAGCUGGAUGACACUUUGACGAGUCAGCUGGGAAACCUAAAAGAGGAAGAGUUGAAGGCGAUGCAGAAAUACGCAGUUGAUGUGGUUUUAGACCCGGACACCGCCCAUCCCAACAUCGUCUUAUCAGCCGAUGGGAAGCAGGCCGGUCGAGGAGAACUUCUGCACGUCCUGCCCGACAUCCCUCAGCGCUUCGACCCUGUGAUCUGCGUUCUAGGCAAGAAGGGAUUCCUCUCAGGGAGGUUCUACUUCCAGGUUGCAGUGGGGAACAAGACCUUCUGGGACCUGGGUGUGGUGAAAGAGUCGGUCAACAGGAAGGGGAUGAUCACUUCCACCCCGGACAACGGCUAUUGGACGGUGCGGCUGAGGGGCGGGAACGAGUACCGCGCCCUGGAAUCGCCCUCAGUCCUUCUCCCUCUCAAAGAGAAACCACAGACUAUAGGAAUCUUUGUGGAUUAUGAGGAGGGCACGGUGUCGUUCUUCAAUGUGGAAGCCAAAUCUCAAAUCUACUCCUUCACCGGCUGUUCAUUCACCGAGCGACUUUUCCCCUUUCUCAGCCCAAGUGUUAGUGAUGAAGGGAGGAACACUGCGCCGUUGGUCGUCACAGCUGUCAGUCAGGGGACACAGGCUUAGGGAUGGAUCCUUUUACGGCUCCACACUACAGAUGAAAACUGAGGGCAGCAUUGUACUGUAAAGGACGAAAGUACUGUAAAGUUUUUAAUAUUCCUCUCAAACAUAUUUAUGUAACAAACCAAAGAACAGGCAGAAAUUAGGUCUUUGGUCCUCUUUGUGAUGAGAUUUUGUGCCAGGGACCCCAAUGUGGGAAGAUUUUUGCUGUUGUUCUUGAUUUAAGAUUCAGUGUUUGAAUAAAUAAAUUGACAAACUGUUUAUAGCUACAUUGUAAAAUGAGACCUAUGAAAAAAAUAGUCAUUCUUACACACAUUUUCUAAUUGGGAUCAUUCCCACUGAAUUAAAUCUGAGUGAAUUUUCUGAGGUAACCUCAAUAAUCCUUUUGGGAUCUCUUCUGUAACCCCACUUUGAGACCAGAUCCCCAAAAAUAAUCUCCAUCAAUGUGAUCUGAAAAGUAAAAGUGAUCCUGAUGAAGCAGUAUCCUUUUUGAUGAGCAUAAGAUAUAGCUCGUGUACAGAAGACAUGACAAAGUGAUUAAAGUGACCAAAAGAGUGCCUGAUUUUGUGUUAUGCUGUGCAUUUCACACAUCUCUAUUUAAUGUAAAAUAAUGUUUUUCUUUUAUGUUUUACUUGGACAAUACAUAGGUGAUUAUAGGGCACAGAUUUAUUUUCAACAGACCUAAUUACCACCUGAACCUAAAUGACCUGUUUGUGUAUCAAAAACAUUAUGAGACUGGCUAAUGAGCACUGGCUAAUGUUUUACAUACUGUUUUGAUAUCUGAGUAAAGAAGCAACCAGUUAUAUAGGCUAUAAGAAAAUAUAACUGUACAUGACAUAAUAAAGAAACACCACCGAAAACACCAAUAACCCUCGAAAAACAUCACACAUCAAAAGCAAUAAAUCCAUAAUUAAGUACAGCUGGAUUGGAUAAAAACUCAGCAAAGAAAAAGACAUAAUAAAAAGAAGGCUAAUAUGGUUAUUUUGACAAUGUGGUGGCCUUUGUGGUUUUGCUGUUUGUCUAAUGUUUUAUUGCCCUCCGGUGGAAUUGCCAGAACAUUGCAGGACAUGAAUUAAUGAGUUCAGAG